AUGAACUCUAACGGUGCUUAUACAGGGCAGGUCACAGUAAUAAGUACAUCACCUAGUAAAAAGGAUGAAGUUGCUAGACAACAUCUUGGAGCUGAUUCCUUUCUACUAAGCCGUGACCAACAUCAGAUGCAGGCUGCAAUGGGUGCUUUCGAUGGUAUUAUUGACACAGUUUUUGCGGUUCAUCCUCUCUUACCUCUCAUUGGUUUGCUCAAGUCUCAUGGAAAGAUUGUAAUGGUGGGUGCACCAGAGAAGCCUCUGGAACUUCCAGUCUUUCCUUUACUUGCUGGGAGAAAGAUAGUAGUUGGAAGUCUGAUUGGAGGGUUAAAGGAGACACAAGAAAUGAUUGAUUUCGCAGCGAAACACAAGAAAGAUAGUAGCUGCCCAUUGACUUAG